AUGGAGGAUACUAUAAAUAACAAAUUAGAACAUUGUUUAGGAUGCCUAAAUCUUAAUGAAGAAAUUAAUUUACAAUGUUAUAAGCUGCAAAUUGAAAACUUGAAAACUUUAUUUCAGGUUGACUGUCUAAAAUUAUGCUAUAUUUGUAAAAAACUUAUGCGAAAGGCUGAAUAUUUCAUUAAGAAUGUUGAGAGUAAUCAGAUAUUUAUGCAGAACUUCUCAAAUAUUACAGAUACAACAAAUAAAACAGUGAAAAGCAAAUUUCAAACAACACGAACAGAACAAUUAACAUUAGAUAAAAGUGAAUUUAGUGAUGAAAAUGAUAUAGAAGAGCCUAGUUGUACAGUUUACAGCCGAGGUUGGGAUAAUAAAAUAAAAAUUGAAUAUAAAGAAGAAAGCAUAAAUGAUUUGGAAGGAGAUUUUACAGAUUAUUUAGAUAUUCAAGACCAAUCUAUCAAAGGAGAAUCUGAUUCUAAUGACAAUUCAAUAAAAGAAGAAAGUACAGAACUAGAUGAUAUAAAUUUAAAUGAGUUGCGAAAAACAUUGAAAAGUCAUAAAGUAAAGAAAAAAGGACAUAAAAGAGACAGUAAAAACAACAUAGAUUUCAAAAACUCAACAAUUAAAGGAGAAGAUAAUUUUUCGUUUAAAAACUUAGUGAAGGAAGAGAAUACUGAACUAAGUGAUAUAAAAUUAAGUAAACAUAGAAGAAAAUUGAAAAGGACUAAAUUUAAAAGUAUAAGUACUAAAAGUAUAAGUACUAAAAGUAUAAACAUAUCUGAUAAUCUAGAUCUAGUUGUAGUCGCAUUAAAUAUAACACGGGAACAAUGUAUGGUAGAGCGUUCGAAAAUGUUGAAAGAUCCAAAGUAUAUGAAUUUGGCAUACAAAUGUGAAGAUUGCGUGAAGGGUUUCAAUUUUAAAGGAGCGUAUGAGAAGCAUAUGGAAAAACAUAGUAAGGAGAUGGGUGAAUACGAAUGUGACAUUUGCAAACAGAGAAUGGCGACGAUGGACAAACUAAUGAGUCAUCAACGAUAUCAUAGAAUACGAUACAAAUGUAUAGAAUGCGAUCUAAUAAGAAUAAGUAGGUUGACCAUUAAGGAUCACUACACGGCGCAUCAUUUGCAGGACACUUUCCAGUAUAAAUGCUCACAUUGUAAUAAAACGUUUAAACGGCAAGUGUCACUGAGAAAGCAUAUAGCCGACGUACAUAGAAGUAAAAAACGGCCUCAGUGUAACUACUGCCAAAGAACCUACGCCAAUAAAGAGAUUUUGAAGACUCAUAUGAUAAGUAAACAUUCAUCAGAAGUAACGUCAGGGGAAAUCCCGAGCAAAAAGUAUGUUUGUUCGGAAUGCGGUGACGCUUUCAAAGCUCCCUCACAGUUGAAGAACCACAUGAUAAAACACUCUGUGAAUAGAAAUUAUUAUUGUGUGGAAUGUAACAGAAGUUUCAAAUCGAAUAAUACAUUAAAGCAACAUUUAAAAAUAGCUGCCCCACAUGUCAAUUAUAUGGAUCUACCCUUCCAAUGCAAUCACUGCGAAAAAAGAUUUAGUGUUAGACGAGACGUCGAUCGACACAUGAAUAGAGUGCAUCUAAAUAUCAAACCAUAUCAGUGCGAUAAAUGUGAUAAGGCUUAUGUGAACGCGUGGUCUCUUACGGAACAUUCGAGGUUUGCGCACGAGGGGUAUAAACGUCCUUUGAAUUUUCCAUGUCCGCUCUGUGAUAAAGUUUUUGAUCGUAACGCAACCCGCAAAGCGCACAUCCGGACGCACACCGGCGAGCGGCCGUUCCAGUGCCCGCGCUGCGCCGCGCGCUUCGCGCAGGCCGGCGUGCUCGCCACGCACGUGCGCCUCGUGCACCUGCGCCUGGCGCGCGACGGCCGCCCGCGCCGCGCCGCCGACACCGCCGCCGCCGCGCGC